CACGGCAAUCAUUUCGAUUCCUGAUUCCCCUGCCCGUUGGCUUCUGUCUCGACGACUCUAUUUCGGACUUGGGACACACACACUUACUUCUUGUCUUGGGGACGGAACGCUGAAGAACUCUUUGGAUUUACAUUGACGUCCACGACUUUCCCGUCCUUCUGCUGAAGGAUUCGUCCUCAUCUUUAUCUUUAUUCCCAAGCUGGGCCCUCAUAUAUCUUCUCGAGCGAUAGAACCACGUGUCCUCUUCUCCUUCCUGUCCUUUUGCUGCAGUAGACUCCUCUGCACUGUACCGCACAGUGUGUUUGGACUUGGUCGCUUUGGUGGUCGAUUCACCUCCACUUCUCCUUCCUCCCACAGGGGUCUCCGGCUUGGCAAGUCAGGCCACAGACGUUUAUCUUUAUCCGACUUCGCUCCGUCUGUUUUCCUACUGCCCACACCAAUCUGAUUGCCCAUUGCUGCACCUGGACCUAAGGACACAUCUUGCAAUCCAGUGUCCGACCACUGGUUUGGCAAUUUCUUGCUGUCGUCUGUCUCUUCUGCAAUUGUCGCUCCUCCACGAGAUCCUUUAUCCAGUCCAUCGCCCAGCCUCCCCCUACCUGCCUCCGCAGUUCCUCUCCCCACCGCUACGAUGGCUCAAGUCGACACCCUGGACAUUAUUGUCCUGGCCCUCCUUCUCGUGGGUAGCAUUGCAUACUUCACAAAAGGCACAUACUGGGGCGUUCCCAAGGAUCCAUAUGCCAGCUCCAACCUCAAUGGCAGCGCCACCAAGAAGGGUUCCCGCAACAUUGUGGAGAAAAUGGACGAGUUGAACAAGAACUGUGUCAUCUUCUACGGCUCUCAAACCGGUACCGCUGAAGAUUAUGCCUCUCGCCUUGCCAAAGAAGGUCAUGCUCGAUUUGGUCUCGCAACCAUGACCGCGGACUUGGAAGAUUAUGAUCUGGAGAAUCUUGAUACCUUCCCAGAAGACAAAGUCGUUUUCUUCGUCAUGGCUACCUACGGUGAAGGUGAACCCACUGACAACGCUGUCGAGUUCUGGGAGUUCAUUAAUAAUGAUCCUCCCUCUUUUUCUGAAGCCUCCGACGAAGCUCCCCUGUCCAAGCUGAAAUAUGUCGCUUUUGGUCUCGGAAAUAACACCUACGAACACUACAACCUCAUGGUCCGCAAUCUUGACAAGAUUCUGACAAAACUAGGUGCUGAGAGAAUUGGCACCGCAGGCGAAGGCGAUGAUGGUGCUGGUACUAUGGAAGAAGAUUUCCUCGCAUGGAAGGAACCCAUGUGGGCUGCCCUGUCGGAGAAGAUGGGUCUCGAAGAGCGAGAGGCUGUCUACGAACCCGUCUUCAGCGUCGAGGAGAAAGAAGACCUGUCCGUCGAAGAUGAGACCGUCUAUCUCGGCGAGCCCAACAAGAAUCACCUGGAGAACGCUCAAAAGGGCCCUUAUAAUGCUCACAACCCUUUCAUUGCACCCAUUGCCGAAUCCAAGGAGGUCUUCACUGUCAAGGACCGAAACUGCCUCCACAUGGAGAUCGACAUUUCCAACUCUGGAAUGACCUACACCACGGGCGAUCAUAUCGCCGUCUGGCCCACCAAUGCCGGCCUCGAGGUCGAUCGCUUCCUCAAGACCUUUGGCUUGGAUGCCAAGAGACACACCGUCAUCAGCCUCAAGGCUAUCGACCCUACCGCAAAGGUCCCCUUCCCAACUCCCACCACCUACGACGCUGCCGUCCGCUAUCACAUGGAAAUUUGUGCCCCUGUCUCUCGUCAAUUCGUUGCGACUUUGGCUCCCUUCGCUCCAACCGAGGCUGCUAAAAAGGAAGCCGCCAAACUUGGUUCCGAGUCUGAGUACUUUAAAGACAAGAUUUCGUCUCAAAUGCUGAACAUUGCUCAAGCUCUUGCUACCAUCACCCCAGAGCCCUGGACAGCCGUUCCCUUUUCAGCCCUGGUUGAAGGUCUCAACAAAAUUCAACCUCGUUACUACUCCAUUUCCUCCUCAUCGGUCGUCCAGCCACAGAAGAUCUCCAUCACCGCCGUCGUCGAGUCUAUCCGUGUUCCUGGGGCUGGACACAUUGUCAAAGGUGUCACCACCAACUAUCUCCUUGCUUUGAAACAGAAGCAAAAUGGCGAUCCCAACCCGUCCCCUCAUGGUCUGACUUAUGAGAUUACUGGGCCUCGAAACAAAUACGAUGGAAUUCAUGUUCCUGUGCAUGUGCGCCAUUCCAACUUCAAGCUACCAUCCAACCCAAGCAAGCCGGUCAUCAUGGUUGGCCCUGGUACAGGUGUCGCUCCUUUCCGUGGCUUUGUUCAAGAGCGCGCAGAGUUGGCCAAACGAGGCGAGGAUGUCGGAACCACUGUUCUCUUCUAUGGGUGCAGGAAGCCUAGCGAGGAUUGGCUCUACAAAGAAGAGUGGGAGACUUAUAAGCAAGCCCUCGGAGACAAACUCGUCAUUUUCAACGCAUUCUCUCGGGAAACCUCCAAGAAAGUCUACGUCCAGCACCUCAUCAAAGAAAAUGGCAAGCUCGUCAACGAGCUACUCCAGCAAAAGGCCAAUUUCUAUGUCUGUGGUGAUGCCUCCCAUAUGGCCCGUGAAGUCAACGAAGUCCUUGGUCAAAUUAUUUCUCAAGAGAGAGGAAUCGAUGAGAAGAAGGCCGAACAAGUCGUGAAGAGCAUGCGCAGCAGUGGUGUCUAUCAGGAAGAUGUCUGGUCAUAAACAAUUCUCCCCAGACACCCCAGAGGCUCACCUCGGCUGUCAGUCUUGGAGUCAGAAGCGCAGAGACAUAUCACAUGCACCCCGUCUAGAAUUAUUACCCUCCACCCUCUAUGACACUCGGGACACUGCGACAUCAGUCUGUCACCGCAGCGUCGUGAGCGUUCAACUUGUGUCCUCGGUGGCGCGAACAAAAACCUUGUCCCGCGACACGCAUUGAUGGGGCCAGGGUGCAAUGACUGGGAUCCUAAGGAAAGGUGAUGGUGGGGUUGAAGAAAUUGAGGUGGGGUCUGAAAAGUCUCAAGGCUGACGUCCCGUGCCUCUUCUUCGUCUUCUGCGGGACAGAUCCGGAGUGCGGAAUUCAUUCUCUCCUCUCCAACUUGGACAUUCCGACUUGGCGUUUUCCUUUACCCCAGGGAACCACCACGGCCACCUCCAAACUCCGCGAUCUUGAUGCACUCUCGAUGCCAUGCUGGCCAAUCCUGCAGGAUCCCAUUGCAAAAUUUUUCUUGGUGUCUGGAGGCUUUAGAACUUGCAUCCUGCACCCCACCGGCAAUGAGAGGAAUGCCUUUGAGUGUGAGUCCAACGCGAUCCAUGUCUUCAGCAAGUCAUACGUACAUGCUUCAAUUUUCUGCGCGCUUGUUGGUUUGGAAAUCCGGUAUUCAUGAUUUGGUAGAUGUAUAGCCUUAGUCGUUACCUUGCACCUUGAUCUAGAGUCACGAUGAGAUACACGCGACCCGUAGCAACGACAAAGCUCAAGCUUCGGUUGUUCGCACGGAUUGUACACGCCCCCAGAUAGCUUAGUCAAUUCAUCAUUCUCCCGCUUGA